GUGUAUCGAGAACUAGAAUAGGUCCGAAACGCGUCGAAUCGGCGCGAUUUCUCGAGGUUUUCACGGCGAAAGCGGCUUUUCCCGCGACCGUUUCGAACCGGCAUGUUUAUAACAUUAUCGUGUAUUUAAUUGUUAGAAUUUAUUAGCGUCGAAACAACGCUUUGAUAGCGGCGAUUCAAAUCCUUUCGAAAACAUUUCGUCAAUGUUAACGUUGAAUUAGCGAUUGUCAAGAUCAAAAACCAUGCUCGUCGCGAUCGGCUCGUUGUGUUUGCGAAUUAGCGACGUUUGGAUAAGCGAUUAAAAUAGUGGAUAAAGAGCGGGCGAAUAAGGAAAUCGAUUUGGAUGUUCAGUUUCGCGAACGAUUAUGGGAAUCCGCUGGUUUUGUAUCUGUUUAUUAUUAAAUCUGCUGCGUUUAGAAUUAAUAAAUGGGCGACAAACGGGCAAUCAAUGCGAGUUGUUUCAAAAUUCUACGAGCUUGAAAUGCCACAAAGCCUAUCCGCAGAAACUCCCCAUCGAGAAUGCUAAAAUUACCAAACUUUACAUAUCGAAUUUGCCUUGGGACAUUCUGAACUUUACACGAGUCCUUAGGGAGUUUCCCAAUUUGGAGGAACUAUUCGUCGAAUAUUGCGAUAUUAGGAACUUCGUGUACGCGCCGAAUAGCAACAAAAUUAAGGUGUUGUCGUUACGUUAUAAUCAAGUGAGCCGUUUACCGUACGAUUUCGUUCGAAACUUUCCCGAUUUGGAAAUCCUGAAUAUCGAGCACAAUCUUCUAACCCACUUGGAGAAAAACUUUUACUUGGGAAAACUCCGCAAGUUAACCAUUAAAAAUAACCCGUGGAGAUGCUCGCUGGACCUGACGUGGGCCGUCCAAUUGGACCGCAGGAUAGCGCAGGACUUGGCCAACUUGACUUGCAAGGAGAUAUUCGCGGGGAAAAACCUAACACAAAUCGCCGGUUACAAAGAGGAGAUGUACAGGAACUGCACCCAAUCGUGCGAAUGCACGCUCGAAUACGUCGCUCAGGACUUUCACACGGACGUGCAACAUCCCAUAAUAAUGGUGAAUUGCUCCGGCAGGGGGCUGAAGCAGCUGCCGACGCAGCUGCCGCCUUACACGAGGAUCCUGCACUUGGAGCGCAACGAAAUCAGCGACUUGAAACCGCUGAAGACGAACCCAUUGUUCAAGACCUUGUGGGACCUGUACCUCGACAACAACACCGUCAGGUCGAUUUCUUACCUGGAGGGGUCCUUUUGGUUGCGGCAUUUCAGGGUGUUCUCGUUGAGAGGCAAUCUACUGCAGAAGGUACCGUCUUUCGUGCUGGAUAACGCUCUGAUGAAGAAUCCCCACAUGCCCAGCGCGGUGGUGUUGUAUCUAGGGAAUAAUCCUUGGAGGUGCGAUUGCAUUUUUGUGCCGGUGUUUCAGGAAUACGUCCUGCAGAAAUACUCGAACCGAAUCGCCGACAUUAACGAUGUUAAAUGCAAGUACGUGGAGGGAGAUGAAAAUUCACUGUUGCCUAUAAUAAACCUCUCCAGAAGCUCAGUGUGCAUUAUACCAUCCGAUUUUUCGCUCCAACAAGGCCUGGACAUAUUAAACGCGGUAUUAGCCAGCCUAAUUGUUUUCGUUUUAGGAAAAUUAGCGUACGAUUACUACCAUUUCAAAAAAUCCGGAAGGCUACCAUGGAUAGUAACGAAGAUGCCUUAAAUUGUAAAAAUUCGAAAUAAACUUACCUACACACUUA